UUUAGACGCUUCUGGAACAGAACCCCUCUCUCUCUCUCUCUCUCACAACAGCCAAGAUAAAAGUUGAAGGCAAGCCCUAGCGUCGGAGAAGCCCGUGACCACCGCAUUCUCCGAUCGCCUCCGCCUGCGCCGCUUCUCCUCUGGUCGCUGCCGAUCCAGAUCUGUUACUCCAUCGUAGUCCUCACUGAUUUUUGAAGCGCUUCUCGGCACACACAAGAUGUACUUCCGGUCAUCAUACAAAAAUGCAGGAGUUGAGCUUGUUUUUAGUAGUGGAUCCAAAUGGACUGCAAGAAGUUCAUUCAGUUGGUUGAGGAGAAGAAGAAGAGAGCUCUGGAGAAGAAGGAAGCGCCUUUGAAAUGGGAGCAGAAGCUUGAAGCUGCUGCCAAGGCAAAGGCUGAUGCUGAAGCUAAAGAGAGGAAGUUGAAGGCUGCAAAACACAGAAGGAGAUCUGUGUCAGCCUCUGACAGUGGUACUGACAGUGAUUCCAAUGCUAAGGAGCAGAAAAAGAGGAGACGAUUUCACAAGAAACAUGGGAAGCGUGCCUACUCUGUCUCCAGUGAUGACGAGAAGAAGAAGGAAAAGAAGUCAAGGCGCAAACAAAGGAGAGGAUCUUCGGGUACUAGCGACGAUAGCAGUGAUGAGUAUGAUAGUGAGUUUGAAGAAGAGAGGAGAAAGAAGCGAAGUCAUAAGAGGCACAGGCAUCAUGACUCGAGAUCAGAUUCUACUGCUGACUCUUCAAGUGAAGACAGUGAUGAUGAGAGGAUUCGGAGGAGAAGAAGACAGGCAAGGCAUCAUAGAAACAAUAGGAAGGUGAAAUCAAGUGGUCCAGAUGAUUCAAGCAAUGGGGAUGAUACCGCCGUUAGGAAGAGGAGUUAUAGAAAGCAUCACAAGAGGCAGCAGUACUCGGAGUCCAGUGAUUCAGGUUCUUCAAGUGAUGUCGAAGAUGGCGAAAUAAGAAGGAAGAGGCAUUCCAAGCACCAUAAGCAUCACAAACGGUCGCGCAGCCAGGACUUGGACCCAUUGGAUUCUGAUGACAAUGGACGCGGUCGAAGGAGUCGAUCUUUGGGCAAGUCGUCGGAUGACAACCAGGACGAAGCCAGUAAUCGUUCAAAGCACAAGAAGUGUGAGCAUCAUAAGCAUGGUAAGCAUCACAAACAGCGGCCUGAUCACUGCAAUGGCAUUACUCUCGAGUCUGAGGCUCCUGCAGAAGCUACUGCGGAAUUGAUGGACAAACCGACUGCAAAAGAUGUUUGUCAUGAUGCCCGAGAAUGAAAACUCUAGGCUCCUUAGUUGCUUCAUUUUAUGAGUGCUGGUGCACGCUAUAACUCAAAACUCAUUGGUUUAAUCAAUGUGCUCAGAUUCUGUGAUUUUAUGAAACGUUCCAGGUUCAGCUUUACUAUUUA